AUGGACGGUGUAGAGGCCUCAGCACCAUGGACAACUCAACAACUAACAACAACAACACACGACUACAGGACCACCGGUGGUACUGAGGCUGUCUUCGUAGAUGCCCGUCAAGGCCGAAUCCCCCCGGGCACAGGCGACAAGCUGGGAGUGCUUGGUGAGUAA